AGCGACCCGCCAUCAGUCUUACACUUGUCUCUGACUUGAGAGUAUUCCUGGACUCUGACAAAAGAGCAAAAUGAACUCCGUGUUGGGGGUGUUGGUGUCUGUGGCAUCCCUCACCCAGGCCAACCCGACCUUCUUCAGUGUCUCCACAGACUUCAGUCUACCUCAGAUCUCAUACCCAACACCAUCACCAGCACCAUCUAGUUACGGAGAGCCACCAUCUCCAAAAUAUGGUGCUCCACCACCAUCACCAGCCUAUGGUGCUCCACCACCAUCACCAGCCUAUGGUGCUCCACCACCAUCACCAAAAUAUGGUGCACCUGCUGUCCCUGCUCCAGCACCUCUGCCCAAACCCACCCCAACUAUAAACAGCAACAACAUCUAUCCAGAAGCAAACUACGCUCCUCCAGCUCCUGAGCCACCAUCUAGCCUCUAUGGCAAACCAUCUGUGUCCUCGUGCGAGCCAGAGACUAAAGUCUCGCUCGUCACGACCACCCAAAUUAUCCCACUACGUAGCAGACGGGACUCGUGCCCUGCCUACCACAGUCUCAUCAGAUCACAAGACAAAAUAUACCUUUUUACAGUCAUCAACACAGAUUGUCACCUCUGUCCCCCACCUGUAGUCCAAACCAAGCGAGGUAUGAAGGACAUCCAGUACGUUACCAGAGCUCGUUACUUCAUGAGACGUCCUACAUCACAAAUUCCAGCUAAAGACAUCACCGAACGCAAACGAAGUAUCAAACGCGUACAGACGAAAUACCAAGGGGAAAAACGCAGUACCCCGCGUACCAACUCAGAGGGUGACCAGUUACACACCCAAGCAAAAGUGACCCAACCCAACAAUGCCCCAUACGUCCCCAAAACAGUGCCCCCAAGCUCAAAAAAUACCCUCGCCCAACCAAAACAUGCCCCAACCAACAAUGCCCCAUAA